UCUCUUGCCGAGAUCGGUUCUAGCCGUUGCAGCUGGGACCCGCGCUCGGCUCUCGCCUCGUCUUUCCGUUUGGCUGGAGAGGACGGACAGAAAGUCGCAGUCGCCUUUCGGAGGGUCCAGGCCAGGAACGAGACCGUCGGCUAACUUGCUUCAGAUAUGUAAAACGGCAUCGGUUUCUCUUUGCGGAAGCCUGCAGACUGGCAGUCUCUCAGGAGUUGGCCUACCAAGAUUUUACUUCUCCUGGUGCGACUGACGAGAGAAACGGGAAAUUGCUUUCAUAGGGGAAGGUGGGCGAAGGAGUGGGCAGACCCCGUUCCGCUCAGCGGCCCGCCUCCUCAGGGGAACGAUGGCCACGGAGCCCACAGCUGCUGCCGCCGUCGCUGCCGAGUUGGUUUCGGCCGACAAAAUUGAAGAAGCAGCUCCUGCUCCUUCUACCUCUGCAGAUAAAGUGGAGAGUCUGGAUGUGGAUAAUGAAGCUAAGAAGCUAUUAGGUUUAGGACAGAAGCAUCUGGUGAUGGGCGAUGUUCCAGCAGCUGUUAAUGCAUUCCAGGAAGCGGCUAGUCUUUUAGGAAAGAAGUACGGCGAGACUGCUAACGAGUGUGGAGAAGCCUUCUUUUUCUAUGGGAAAUCACUUUUGGAAUUAGCAAGAAUGGAGAAUGGUGUGUUGGGAAAUGCUUUGGAAGGUGUACAUGUAGAAGAGGAAGAAGGAGAAAAAACAGAAGAGGAAUCCCUAGUAGAAAAUAACGAGAACAUGGAUGAGGAAGCAAGGGAAGAGUUGAGAGAACAGGUUUAUGACGCCAUGGGAGAGAAGGAAGAAUCCAAAAAAACAGAAGGCAAGUCUCUGUCAAAGCCUGAAACUGCUAAAGAACAGGAGAGUGAAAUGGAGAAGGGUGGAAGAGAAGAUAUGGAUAUAAGUGAGCCUACAGAGGAGCGACAAGAAAAAGUUGAAUUGAUCCCUGAUCAGUUAACUGAAACCUCCGAAGAGGCCAAAGGAACAGCAACAUCAGAAGGUCUAAGUGAAGCUGAGGUUACUUCUGGGAAACCAGAACAGGAAACAUCAGAUGCUGAGAAAGAAACUGACAUCCCAGAAGAGUGUAGAGAAAAAGUUCAGGAAACACAGGGAGAAGUGAUUGACAGCAUAGAGGAGAAACAAAAAGAAGUUUCUGAAGAGCAGCCUGUUGGGACUUUAGAAAAGCAGAACACUGCAAUAGAGGUAGAGGCAGAGCCUGUAGACCCCGCAGUCAAGCCAGCGGAUGUGGGUGGGGAUGAACCAAAGGAGCAGGGAGCUACCUCUGCAAAUGAAUUAGGGAAUGCUGGUCUCAAGGAGCAGCUGUUAGGGCAAGAAGUGCCUCCUGCAGAAGAGUCACCAGUGGUGACAUCAGAGGCUGUGGAGGUCCCAGAUACAGAUGUGGGAUCAGAAGUCUCUGAGAAGCCUGCGCAGGAGGCCACAGUCGUCCCCCAGGAUGCAGCAGUGAAUGGACUGUCAGUCACAGCAGAUCAGACUGGUGCUGACCCACAGCCUCCUGCAGAAAGAUUGACAGAAACAAAAGAUGGCUCACAACUAGAGGAGGUCAGGGCUGAACUGGCUGCCAGCCAGGUGGCUAAGCUACCCCUAGAAGAAUCUGAGGCAGCUGGUGAUGGGGUUGAGGCAAAGGUAGCCCAAGGGCUUACUGAGCAAUCACCUGAAGACAAAGUUAAGAUAGCUGCUAAUGAAGAAACUCGAGAGAGAGAAGAACAGAUGAAAGAGGGAGAAGAAGCUGAAGGCUCAGAAGAGGAGGAUAAAGAAAAUGACAAAGCUGAAGAAACACUGAAUGACUCAGUUCUUGAAAAUAAAUCUAUUACAGAAAAUGAGGAAGAGGAGAUUGGGAACCUGGAACUUGCCUGGGAUAUGUUGGAUUUAGCAAAGAUCAUUUUUAAAAGGCAAGAAACAAAAGAAGCCCAGCUUUAUGCUGCACAGGCACAUCUUAAACUUGGAGAAGUUAGUGUUGAAUCUGAAAACUACAUUCAAGCUAUAGAAGAGUUCCAGGCUUGCCUGAACCUGCAACAACAGUACCUGGAAGCCCAUGACCGGCUCCUUGCAGAGACCCACUACCAGCUGGGGUUGGCUUACGCAUACAACUCUCAGUAUGAUGAAGCAGUGGAACAGUUCAGCAGAUCUAUUGAAGUCAUUGAGAAGAGAAUGGCUGUGCUCAAUGAGCAGAUGAAGGAGGCUGAAGGAUCACCUGCUGAAUAUGAGAAAGAAAUUGAGGAGCUCAAAGAACUGCUUCCCGAAAUCAGAGAGAAGAUAGAAGAUGCAAAGGAAUCUCAGCAUAGUGGGAAUGUAGCUGAAUUGGCUUUAAAAGCUGCUCUGGUGGGGAGCUCUAAUUCAGGAUUCACUUCGAGUGGAGGAAGCUCUUCAGUCUCCAUGAUUGCCAGUAGAAAGCCAACAGAUGGUGCUUCUUCAUCAAGUUGUGUGACUGAUAUUUCCCACCUUGUUAGAAAGAAGAGGAAACCAGAGGAAGAGAGCCCCCGGAAAGAUGAUGCAAAAAAAGCCAAACAGGAGCCGGAGGUGAACGGAGGCAGCGGGGAUGCAGCAGUCCCCAGUGGAAAUGAAGUUUCGGAAAACGUGGAGGAGCCUGAGAAUCGACCCGAAAGCCGAGCAGCAAUGGAGGGGACAGUGGAGGCUGGAGCCACAGUUGAAAGCACUGCAUGCUAAGAGGGUGUAGAGCCUUCCUUCACGGGAAAGUGUUUUUUGUACAUAAUGUAUUUUUUCACUUUUGGGGGAUUCUUUUUGUAUAACUUCAAUAAAGAUUGUAAGCAAAGGA